AUGCACUGUUUGAAAAGAAACAGUUCCCCAACAGCAAAUAUAAAUACCUUCACAUGUUCAAUUCUUCCUCAAGUACUCCAAAUUCUCACUCGAGUCUCUGAAUCACUAGGAAUACCAUCAAUCAUGGACAACAGAUAUGAGUCUUCUGAAAGCCUAAGGAACAAGUGUGCUGCAUGCUAUAGACAAUUCAACAAAAUGGAGCAUUUGGUUGAACACAUGAGGACAUCAUAUCAUUCAGUGCAUGAACCCAUGUGUGGAAUUUGUAAAAAGCAUUGUCGGUCUUUUGAAUCUCUAAGGGAGCAUCUUAUAGGACCGUUACCCAAGGUAGAAUGUGAAAGGAUAUUUAAGGAACGAGGGUGUGAUCUUUGUUUAACCAUCCUUAGUAGCCGUAAUGCUCUCUAUGUCCACCGAGAGAAAUGCCAAUUCUCACGCGGCAACAAUAUUGGUCUGACGUAUCGAAUGGCAAACUUAGGCAUUCAGGAUGAUUUGAAGAUCGAUAAUAAUAGAGCAAAAGUGGUUUCACUUGCUUGCAAAAUGGUCGGCGGCGGUAGUGAUGGCUCCUUAGAUCUCUGUGCAAGGGUUUGCCUCAUUGAUGAGUAUGAGAAGAUAAUCUUUCAUACAUAUGUGAAGCCAAAUCUUCCUGUCACGAACUAUAGGUAUGAAACAACAGGCAUGAGACCAGAAUUUUUAAGGGAUGCUCUGCCGCUUAGGCAAGUGCAAAAAAAGAUUCAAGAUUACUUGUGUAAUGGGGAGCCCAUAUGGCAGAUCCGCUCCAGAGGUGGGAAGGCUAGGAUCCUUGUAGGCCAUGGAUUAGAUCAUGAUUUGAAAAGUCUAGAAGUAGAGGACACAGCAAAAUAUCCUUCACUGAUGAAAACAAGCAAGCUCAGCAACUCGCUGAAAUAUUUAACGAAAGCAUACCUUGGAUAUGACAUUCAAAUUGGUAUUCAAGAUCCCUAUGAAGACUGUGUUGCAACAAUGAGGCUGUACAUGAGAAUGAGAUCCCUGCGUCAUGAAGUGGAAGACUAUCCGCUUGCUUCAGACCCACAAAAUAGAAACAAUUUUGCAGCAUGGAGGCAAAGCGAGCUUGAGAAGAUGGCUCCAGAAAAGAUGUUGGAUAUCUCAAGGUCUGAUUACUAUUGCUGGUGCUUAGACUCUAGCAGCUAA